AUGGUCGCAGACAAUCAAGUUGCAGGCCAAACAACCCAGCAGCAGCAUCCCAGUCCUGGUCCUGGCCAGAAGCCUGAAAACAACCAGUCUUCGCCGUCGUUCUCGUCCGCAGUGCCCAAUGCAGGCAUCGCAAGUUUCAGAAGACAACGCGCAUCCCGCGCAUGCGAGGUACGUUUCUCUCGUCUUUCAGCACGUCGCGCGCAUCGCGAGACUUGCCACGCUCGAAAGGUCCGAUGUGAUGCCGCCAGCUUAGGAGUCCCCUGCACCAACUGUGUGGCUUUCUCUAUUGAAUGCCGCAUCCCAACCCCAAAACGGAAAAAGAACCAACAGCCGAGAAACAAGGAUAAUUACGGCGACUCCUCUAGUGACUCUAACAGUGUCGGUCGGACCAAAGACGAUGACGAUGAUACAAGGACGCCGCAACCACGGGAGAACCCUGUGUAUGCUCCAAAUGUUCCCAUAUCCAUCGAUGGGAUGCCAGCCAAUGCCCUGGCGAAUGCCCGAGAGAAUUCGCAUUCGAACAAUAUUGGUCCGUAUAAUGCUGAAAUCAUGAAGCCAAAGUUUACAAGAGCUCCCAUCAAGGAGCCCGGCCGAGUUGCCUAUAUGGGCGAAUCAUCGAAUCUGUCACUACUUGUUCACGACCGUGGCUAUACCGACGUAGUUCAUUAUCCGCUUCCGGAGACUCUCCAUGGCAGUCACGGACGUAUGGCAGACCUUGAUAAUUUGGAGAUCGAGAUUCUUCAUCGGCGAGGGGCAUUCUUGCUUCCUCCGCGGCAACUCUGUGACGAACUUGUGGACGCCUAUUUUAAAUGGGUAGCUCCGGUUGUGCCCAUUGUCAAUCGUAAUCGCUUCAUGCGCCAGUAUCGGGAUCCCAAGAAUCCGCCAUCGCUGCUCUUGCUGCAGGCUAUUCUGUUGGCUGGCUCCAGGGUCUGUACCAACCCGCAACUGAUGGAUCAAACUGGCUCCACGGUCCCUGCAUCCACGACGUUCUACAAACGUGCAAAGGCACUUUACGACGCUAAUUAUGAAGAGGACCGCGUCACUUUAGUCCAAGCUUUGGUAUUAAUGGGCUGGUAUUGGGAAGGACCCGAAGGUCAGCUUUCUCUCUCUUCCGGCCCCCUCAUCUUCUACGCAAUAGGCUCUCUGCUAAACUACUUGAGAAUUUCAGAUGUCACAAAGAACGUCUUCUAUUGGAGUCGAGUCGCGAUCCUUGUAGCUCAGGGCUCUGGCAUGCAUCGCAGCGUUGAAAAUUCACAGCUCAGCAGAACCGAUAAGCGGCUUUGGAAGCGAAUAUGGUGGACUCUAUUUACGAGAGAUCGCUCUGUCGCCGUCGCUCUUGGACGACCAAUCAACAUUAACAUCGACGACUCCGAUGUUGAGAUGCUGACGGAAGAUGAUUUUAUAGAGGAUGAGGGCGAUGUUCCUGCCGAGUAUCCUUUGGAUCCCGUCCACGUGCAAUUCUUCCUUCAAUACGUGAAGCUGUGCGAGAUCAUGGGACUCGUGCUAUCCCAGCAAUAUUCAGUCGCGUCAAAGUCCCGGCGGACGAAUGCCAUUGACCUAACACAUUCUGACAUGGCCUUGGCUGACUGGCUUCAAAACUGUCCCAGAGCAGUGUAUUGGGAGAGGAAGGAUCAUCAUUUCUGGGCUGCGCUUCUCCAUUCAAACUACUACACAACACUUUGUCUCUUGCAUCGAGCGCAUAUGCCACCAGCUUCAGCAAGCGCGAAUAGCUACCGCACCGAAGAAAUCGCAUACCCGUCACGAACCAUUGCUUUCCAGGCUGCUGGUAUGAUCACCUCCAUUGUAGAAAAGUUGCAGUCUCAUAAUGAGGUUCGCUUUACACCCGCUUUCAUUGUAUACAGUCUGUUUUCCGCGUUGAUUAUGCACGUCUACCAGAUGCGCUCAUCCGUACCAUCUGUAGUGGCAGCAUGUCAAGAACGAAUGUCUAUCUGUAUGCAGGCACUUAAAGAUGUGUCGAAAGUGUGGUUGGUUGCAAAAAUGGUGCACACCUUGUUUGAAUCUAUCUUGGGUAACAAGCUCUUGGAGGAACGUCUGCAAAAGGCGCCGGGUAAACGGCAUCAGAAAAAUCGGCCUUCUGAUCAUGAUCAGAAUAAUGGCGCUCCACUCAGAAAAGCCGAUCCUCCCAAGCGAAAAUUCGAUGAUAUGGAUCUUGGACUACCCAACGGUAAUCCCACGCCUCCAGUCUCCUAUGAGCGAUCGCGUCCACAGACUCCGGCGGCAACACCAUCACGAGAAGCGAAUCCAACGCCACAGAUCGCCAUAGGCUCACUCCCGCAUAUAUCUCCGAAUGUAUCCAAAGGCCAGGACGCCGCCCAUAAUACCGGAACAUCACGGGCAAAUACUCCGUUCAAUGCUUUCUCGCUCCCAGCUACACCUCCAGAUCUCUUCCUCGUCACACGUACUUCACCCAACCUUUCGCCAACCCUGUGGGAGAACUUCCAACCCGACCAGCUCUUUCCCGACGGAACCAACUUCUUCCCUUCACAAACGAAUCUAAUAGACCCGCAGAUGCAGUCAACGGCAGCUACAAUGGGUGGCGGCCAGGAAACACUACUGAUGAACCAACAACAGCAGCAACAACAACAAAUGCCGGCUCGAAAUGCACAAGGCUCGCAAAGUAGCCCACAUCUUGUCCAUACCGAUAUGGGCAGCAUGCAGGGCGCACCAGCGGUGGCACAGCAAAUCUUUGGAAUGGACGGAAUGCAGAAUUGGCACGGGUUAGAUGCGGCUUUGGCUGGGAAUGCUCGGGACGCUGCUAGUCAGGAUGAUAGUUGGAGCAAUAGUUCGCGUGGAAAUGGGCCAUCAGCGCCAACGACUUUGAACGUCGAAGAUUGGUUCCAAUUCUUUGGGAUUAACGGGAGCUUUGGUGAUUUGAUCGCAGACCCUAUGGGUACUUAA